AUGUUUGCGGCACGCGAUCAGGAGAAUCUGGUCUCCCACAACCAGGGCACCCUUCGAGGACUUCAGCCAAAGACGCCCGGUGCACGAUAUCCCAAGACACCCCUCAAAAUCCCUCUCAAUGAUGAGAACACAGCACGUGGUCUGGGAGGAAAGAGCGUUUUGGAAGCCAAAGCUAAGACGGACAGGUCGCAAUGGGUGACACCUGCAGUCAACAUGACUACUCACACCAUCUACUCAGAGCCCCGGACAGGUCGUGCAGUUCUAGGAAACAAGACUACCAACGCCAAAGCCGCGAUAAGCAAGACUAUCAACGGCAAGACACCUGCCGUGCGUGAAAUCGAGAAAAGUCAGGUCAGGCCUACCACCGCCGCCCGCCCGAAAAGUCAUGCGCCCAAGUCGGAGUCUUCCAAGCUACAGAUUCUCCUCGACAACUCGGAUCCGUUGUCUGACGAGGUCGACACAAACCCGCCACCUCCGCCCGAGCAGCCUUACGUGUCUGACGUUUUCCCGGCCGGUGUCCUGACCUUCGACGCCAUCAGGCCUGAGAACCGGCUGAAGGGCUACUAUGACUACUACCACAACCGCCGGGACGAGAAUGGAAGGACGCGGGUUGACAGGGAGAUGAAGGCUGCACAGGAGAAGAGGUUCAGGGAGGCGGAUGCGCGGAUCAGAAAGGACCUGGCUGACGCCACUUGGGAUCUGGCACUUGAUUCUCCCAGGAAGAUUCGCAAGCCUCUUCUCGCGAGGCCGACCGCCUCAGCCACUGCGAAAGUCCCAUCCUACAUGCAACCCACCAAGGCAAGACAACCGGCAGUCAACCCUGCUCUCACUUUUUACCCGAGAGCCAUCCCGUCCUCAUCCGCCAGCGCCGGCGUAGCUGCCUCCCGCAACACGCUGGGCUACACCAAAGGCCGCUCCGUCUCGGCCGCGCUACACGCACGUGACAAGUCGGAAGCCCCCGCGCGUCGCCCACUAGCCCGCUCCAACACCACCACAUCCAUCGCGUCAGUCGCGUCCAACGCAUCCGACGCGACCAUCACUCCGGCAAGCCACGCGAGGAGCGAGCAGGCGGCAAAGCCCGAGUUCGUGGUGGUGAUGAGGGGCUGUUUGGCACGGACGAUGAUACCGUUGAAGUGCUUGGUGACGGUGAGGAUGAUUUUUGUCUGCAAUUAG